AUGAUAAAACGAUUGUUUUCAACAACGAUGGUCAAAAAGGUAAAGGCACAGGAGUUUCUUCUUAAGACCCCUAAGGGUACAAAAGAUUGGGCUGAUAAGGAUAUGGUUAUCAGAGAGUCCAUUUUCAAUAAGUUAUCGACGAUUUUCAAAAAGCAUGGAGGUGUCACCAUUGACACGCCAGUUUUUGAAUUGCGGGAAAUUUUGACAGGAAAAUAUGGUGAAGAUUCGAAAUUGAUAUACAAUUUGGAAGAUCAGGGCGGGGAGCUCACAUCGCUUCGGUACGAUUUAACUGUUCCAUUUGCUCGAUUUGUUGCAUGUAAUAAUCUAAGCACCAUUAAAAGAUACCAUAUUGCCAAAGUUUAUAGAAGAGACCAACCUGCAAUGACCAAAGGUCGAAUGAGAGAGUUUUACCAAUGUGAUUUUGAUAUAGCUGGCAACUAUGAUGUGAUGGUUCCCGAUUCUGAAAUUUUGAAUAUUUUAUGUGAAGGGUUAGUUGGGUUGAAUAUUACUGAUUUCAAAGUCAAGUUGAACCAUCGGAAGAUUUUAGAUGGUAUAUUUGAAGCUUGUGGUGUUCCCAAUGCCGAUAUUAGAAAAGUGUCUUCUGCGAUUGAUAAAUUGGAUAAAUCCCCAUGGGAUGUAGUGAAGAAGGAGAUUUUGGAAAAGGGACAAAGCGAGGAGGUUGCUGAUAAGAUUUGGACAUUUGUUCAACACAGUGGGUCAAUUAGAGAAAUUAUACAGGUGUUGAAGAAUAGUGGAUUGGACAAUAAAUCGGCAAGCGAAGGUAUCAAGGAAAUGGAAAUUCUAGCUGAGUAUGUUGAAGCUUUUGAUAUUCAAAAUUAUUUGAGCUUUGAUUUGAGUUUAGCUAGAGGUUUGGACUAUUACACUGGAUUGAUUUACGAAGCUGUCACUUCCGCAUCUGCUCCACCAAAAAAUGCUAGUGAAUUAAAGAAUAAAGCUAUUGAAAAGCGGAAAAAAGGUUCUUCUUCACAGGAAGGUGAGGGAAAACAACAAGAGGUUGAGGAAGAGGAAGAUGCAUCUGCUUAUGUUGGUGUUGGAUCAAUUGCCGCUGGUGGUCGUUAUGACAACUUAGUAGGGAUGUUUGCCAAUAACAAAUCGAUACCAUGUGUUGGUAUAUCGUUUGGUGUUGAGAGAUUGUUCUCCAUUAUAAAACAACGUGUUGAUUUGAGUAAAUUGAGUCCCCAACAUACAGAUGUAUAUGUCAUGGCAUUUGGUGGUGGUGAAGGAUGGAAUGGAUUCCUUAAGGAGAGAAUGCAAAUCACAAACAAAUUAUGGAAAGCAGGUAUUAAUGCUGAAUAUGUGUACAAGGCAAAAGCAAAUACUCGAAAACAAUUUGACGCGGCUGAAAAAUCUGGUGCUAAAUUAGCUGUUAUUUUAGGUAAAGAAGAGUUUCCUGAAGGUAAAAUAAGGAUCAAAUUAUUGGGUCUUGGUGAAGAAAACGAAGGAGAAGUGAUUUCAGUUGAUGAUUUGAUUCCGCUGGUCAAGAAAGAGUUGAGCAACUUUGAUGUUUACGAUGUUACUGCUUUGCUUGAUAACAACUUGUAA